AUGUCGUGGAACCUAAAAACUCACCUUCGGGUACACACUGGCGAAAAACCGUUCGCUUGUAGGUUAUGUGUCGCGAUGUUCAAACAGAAAGCGCAUCUUUUAAAACAUUUAUGUUCUGUGCACAGAAAUGUGAUAUCUUCUAACGACGGGAAUUCGUGCAGGUUUAACUGUUGUUUUUGUCCGCUGUCGUUCGAAUCCCUGCCAGAGUUGAUCAGACAUUUAUCUGGACCUCAUAAUAACUUGUUGCUAAGUAAGAAUAUGCAUGAGCUUAAAUAG